GCUAUGUCAUAACUACCGCCCUCUGUCGACGGGUUUGCUUAAUCCGGAUUUUAUUGGACGGAUCGCGGUGUACGGUUCGGUCCUUUUUGUUUCAGACCAGUGAAAAGUGAUUUGAUCCAAAUCUGCCAAGACAUCAACAAUGGAGGAAAAUCAGCCUUUGGCAAGGGCAACGUAUCGCCCUCUCAGCAAUCGAAAGAAGAAAUUGAAUCAUUCCAUCAGCUGGCGGGAGCGGUUAUCCAAAAGCAAGGAGACAUUCAAGGGUGACUUGGAACACCUGUUUCGUGACAAGUUUACUGGUAACCAUGCCGUCAAAAUGGCUCGUAAGCGAGAACGCAUCAUCUGUGAGAUAUUUGCUACGGAGAGAAAGUAUCAAAGCCACCUAGCCAUCAUUGUACAGCAUUUCCUGACUCCGUUGGAGUCAUUAGGACUCAUCCCAGCAGAUGAUCAUCGCAUCAUCUUUGAGAACAUCACAGCAAUUCAAGCAGUCAAUCGGGAGCUCCUAGCACACAUGGAAGAACAAGGCAUAGCCCAGGCAUUCAUUCAGCUAGCUCCAUUCAUGAAGGUGUAUUGUGCAUACGUCAAUAACUUUGAAAAAGCUUCACAGAAACUCCAGGAUUGGGAGCGUAAGCGUGCUGCAUUUGUGCAGUUUCUGAGAGAACAAGAAGGCAAACCUGAAUGUGCCAACCUGACUCUACACGCUCUGCUCAUAACACCCAUACAGAGAAUACCAAGAUACAAACUACUGCUGGAGGAGUUGCUGAGUAGUACGGAUGAGAAUCAUGAAGAAUAUGAGCAAUUACAAGAGGCUGCAGCCAGAAUGACUGAAGUGACAUAUGGAAUCAAUGAAUACAUCCGUGAACACGAGAACUUUCAGAAGAUGCUGUUGAUUCAGACAAGUUUGACUGGAGGAGCGCCUAGAAUCAUUGCACCAGGCCGAAAAUUCAUCCGAGAAGGAACACUCAUGAAGGUCAGCAAGAAAGGCUCCAGCGCUCAUGAACGCAUGUUUUUCCUGUUCAAUGACAUGCUGAUAUAUGCCAAGCCCAACCUACUGGAUCCGUUAGUAUCUACACGUAGCUAUUGCUGUCGUGGUGUCAUUCCCUUGGAGCGAUGUGAGGUACAGUGUGUACUAGGAGAACUCAAGACAUCAGGUACUGGAGCUCUCUUCAAGGUUGUGCACGGCGACCAAAGUUUGUUGCUGUACUCCACCAAUCACAACAUAGCGUUAUCCUGGAUAGAUGCGCUACAAGGAGCCAUACAACAACUCCAACAGCGACAGCAAUCAAGCAGAUAUACUCAGCAUUCAGUGUCUGGUACCAAGACUCGUGGUCCUACCCGUAAUGUACCACUGGGCAAGAGGGUCAGGCACAUUGGACUGAGGACCAGCAACAGACUCAAGAACAUGAGGAACUACCCUGAACCUGAGGACGGUGACCAUAGUAAAGACAGCCUGCAUCCAUUGAGGGUGCAGCUACACGCUAAGAAGCUACAUGGACCUGGUAAUACACCCCUCAGGAAAGGGCGCCCUCGCAGGCUACAACGGGGACCAUUACAAGUCAGAAAUAACAAACAGGAGGAGAGUCAGGAUACCAGUCUUUCCAUGGUAGACGUGACUGGCUACCCAGACAACACUGAGGACCCACAUGGCUGCAUACAAUCUCCUUAUACCACAUUACUGGACCAGGAGACUGGCCAGCAAGCAUUCUGCACCAUCCUGUAAUCACAUCACUCACGUAUGGCCUACAGUGGCCAACUACAGUAUCCUGUAUUUUUGUAAUGGAAUCAAGUACAUAUGUGACCAGCAACCGGUUGCACGAAACAGUGCGUAACUUACUCCGUGCAUAGGACUUGUGCAACAAAUGUAUCGCGCAACUGAUAAGCUUACAAUCGCUUUAAAUAAUCUAAAUAUUUUUUGACGAGGAUAGUCACAGCAUUUAUGAAGGCUGUUUGUGUAUGAUUUCAUUCGCUCGUGAAACGACUUUUUUGUCCGACUUUUUUUCGGAAUCACGUGGCAACUCUAAAAACUCUUGUCACAAAUAAAAUAGCAAUUCAUUUACUUCCAACACAAAGCUGUGAGUGCCUAAUUGUAUCAACCUUGGUAAGUUGUGCAAUACCAGGCUUCCCGACAAUCACAAUUUACUGGUACAAUAGGUCAUUUUCGGUCGUUACGCCACAACUUAGGCCACCUAAAAUGAUUACGCAAGUACACCAUAAUUUGUUGCACAAGUCACCGACUUAUGCACUUUGAAACUUUCGUGAAAUGUCAUAACUAAAAUGUCGCGCAGCGCGAAAUGUUGCGCAACUUGCACAAUAAAUUGUGGCGCAAUAAAGUUUCGUGAAAUCAGCUGCAGAUCCCACAAAAUGACUGUGCCGUACAUGUUCUUUUUGUGUGUUUAGCUUUUCAUGUGCAGCGGACGGAGCAUACUGUGCUCUUUAUUUUUAUAUACAUGCAUCACUCAGAAUCUUAAUAAUAUAUGCAGAUAUUUUGGAAAUGUUGACUGCUUGCUUUUGUGCAGGAUUUGUAAUAAAAAGGGAUUAGAUGUUUAUCAUUGUCUAUUAUAGGUAGAAUUGAAGUGGUGAUAGACUUCAUCCUUUGUUUUAAAUUCUUUUUUUAAGUACGCAAGAGAGCUGUUAAGUAUUGUGUUUAUUCUGCAAGAUGAUUAAAUCUAAAACAAGUGAAAUGUAAAUUAUGCAUAGUCAAGCCUGUUUCAGUCAGUUCCCUCAUAUUACACAGAAACGAUUGCAUCUGAUGCUUCAUGUACAAGUCGCUUUUAUAUCUUUUAUGUCUGUAUAUAUACUGUGAUAUUUUUUCCCAAGUAUUCCUUUUUCGAGUCUUUCUUUACCUAGUGUUUUUGAAAUUUCGUGGGGCUUAAGAGGAUUUUAAUGAUAAAUUUGGCUUUAUAAUCGGUACUGUAAUUGUAAUGUACUCCAUCAAGUGUGACAGUUUGGCGAUACAGACCUUGAGAAAAUGUACUUCAACAUACAUGUAUUACACUGUAUACUCUCAUCUGCAUCUGUCAUCUGCAUCUGUCAUUAUUAGCUUUGCCAUUGUAAAUGUAAAUAGGCUGAAAUAUUAAAUGAGUACGUCAAAAGACUAGUUAAGGGUAAAACGAUGAAGAGUUUUGUAAAUUAAUGCAAUGUCAAAGUACACUUUGAUGUCAUCAGGAGUUACCCUUCAUUUAAUGACAACCUGAAUUAUAAACUUAUGGGAAGAUAAAAUUUUGCAAUAGACUUUGUGCGCAGUUACCCCCUCAAAGAGUCGAAGGGGCAUUAGUAUUGCUGAUGGCGCCUGACACUCAAGCGAAGAUGCCACAAUUUGUCCACAUUCAGAAUAAAUAAGUCACGGGUGAAUCAAAUAGAAUGUUGUGUGUUCUGGGGGCAGUUUUAACCAGUUCACGCCAGGAUUAUUUUGACAAGAACGGAACGAGGUGCAGGAUUACAUGUACUUUUUGCUCGACCUCAAGCCAGGCGGGUUGAAGCCAUCACCCUCGGUCAGCACAGUCGUAUUUCCAGCCUCACUCGCUGCAAGCGGGUCGCCGACAGAUGUUUCCGGCCUCGCUCGUUGCGUGUUUAUCCGUCAUCCGUUCCGACUACUGCAAAACUUUUGUGUGUGAAAAUACGGCCUCCAGCGCGAACUGGUUAAAAAGCUUGGCUUGUCUUGUUAGCCUUUGUUUGCAGAUCAAGCUGUUUGUAUGAAGGGUGUGUUUGACAGAUUUGUGACAAAUUCAGGUUCCUAAUUUUGUGAUUUUUUUUUUUCUUGUCAAGAAAAUAAUUUGUAUAGUGGGGCCAUGGUGUAAUUUGUCAAGUUCCAUCACACUUUAAAAGGCCCACGCAAUGUACUUUUGUAAAUGUAAUUCUUGAAAAUGCUUUGUGUCCCAUUUUACCAUAAUGUUCAACUUUCGUUUUUAUGCCAAUACUAAUUUCCAUAUUCAUGACAACUGUGUGAUGAUCAGGCAGAAACCCUCAAUGUUACAGCUACUUAAGCACUAAAGUUGUCAGAAUUUUGGAUAU